AUGACCAUGUCCACCACUUUGUUACUAGAACCAUGCCCCUUCCAUUUCAAAUGGAAGAAUCAAAUCGCUUUUUCAAAUAAUCGCGUUCACAUACUGAAAUGGAAGAAUCAAAUCGCUUUUUCAAAUAAUCGCGUUCACAUACCUAACUCAUUCACACCAAUCAAAUCUCACUUAAACCACAAAAGCCCGUUCUCAAUAAGUUCAAAUCCUAAUCCCAAUCCCAAUCCCAAAUCCAAAACGGCGUUUGAGUCUCUCGUCACCUCCAUAUGGAACACCAUUCGAAAACCCGCGGUCGCCGCGAUAUUAAUCGGUGUUUUGUUAAUGCUCGAUCCAAACACGGCCUUAGCAGCGUCCGGUGGUAGAAUGGGAGGAAGAUCUUUCUCUUCUUCGUCAUCUUCGUCGUCUUCGUCCAGAAGCUAUUCGGUUCCAUCGCCGAGCCCUGGGUUUUCUUACUCUACUCCGUUUAGCGGUGGGGUUUACUAUGGGCCUGCGGUUGGAGUUGGAGUUGGACUUGGUGCUGGUGCUGGCUCUAGUUUCUUUCUUAUACUUGUGGGGUUUGCAGCUUUUGUUUUGGUUUCGGGGGUUCUUUCUGAUCGUUCUGAGGGUAGUGUGCUUACUGCUGCUGGAAAAACCACCGUUCUCAAACUUCAGGUUGGGUUGUUGGGGAUGGGUCGCUCACUUCAAAGGGAUCUGAAUAGGAUUGCAGAAGUUGCAGAUACAUCAUCUCCAGAAGGUUUGAGUUACGUUUUGACAGAGACCACAUUAGCUUUGCUUCGGCAUCCUGAUUACUGUAUCUCGGGAUAUUCGUCGGUGGACAUAAAGCGGGGUAUAGAAGAUGGGGAGAAGCGUUUUAAUCAACUUUCAAUUGAAGAGAGAGGAAAGUUUGAUGAAGAAACACUGGUCAAUGUUAACAACAUAAAGAGGCAAAGCACGAGAAGCCAAAGAUCUAAUGGGUUCAGCAAUGAAUACAUAGUGAUAACAAUCUUGGCAGCUGCUGAAGGAGAACAUAAACUCCCUAGUAUCAAUGGAAGUGGAAACUUGAAGGAAGCUUUACAAAAACUCGGAUCCAUUCCUUCAAGCAAAUUAUUAGCAGUUGAGGUGUUAUGGACUCCACAAAAUGAGAAUGAUACUCUCUCAGAACGGGAGUUACUUGAAGAUUACCCACUUUUGCGGCCUCUGUAA